UCAUUUCAUGAAAAACACAAACCAUACUAACCAAGGAAAAGGAAUAUGGUGUACAUAAGGUUUAUAAGCUUAGUGCUAGGCCUGCUCUUUCUUCUCAAUGCUCUUAAAGACUACUCUUGUGCCCAUGCUCAUCUUCAAGAUUGGGAAAUGGAUAAAGAUAAGCUUCUUGUGCUUCAAAAGGAACUUGUUGAUCAUGGUUUCACCAUCACCAAAACGAGAAAAUUAGGGCUUGGAGGAAAGAAAAUGGCGGUUCAUGAAGUAGAGUUGAGGAGAGAAACACAGGGUCAGAAAGGGCGAGGUUUUCAUGGAGAAGCUAAUUCAGAUGAACAGAAUAAUGCUUUAGCAGAGAGGUCUCUUGAAGGAUCACAGGACCAAUAUUUGAAUCAUCAGAAAAAAAUGAAAACUUGGAAGAGAAAGACAGAAAAAUCUGGCAGAUUGGGAAGUCCAAGGAGCACAGAGGCAGAAGUCAAUCUUUCAAACAGAAAUCCUAAAAAACAAUCUAAUCAAGAAUCCAAGAAAUUGCCAACCAAAGCCAGCUUGGAAAGAUCUGAAAAUCAAGAAAAGCCUAAUAAAGUUGAAGAAACACAAAGGCUUCUUGAGGCAACUAAAGAGAUUGUGAACCUAAUGAACAAAGAUUAUAAAGGAAUGGAUAGGCCUCGCCGGAAGCCACCAAUCAACAAUCAUGUGCCUAUUCAUUAAUUAAUAAAAAAUGUGUAGUAUAAAAACUUAAUUAAUUAGUAAAUUAAACCCUAAUUAGCUAGAUAAUAGAUAUGGGUUUUUGACUAUUCACAAUUUUGCCCCCUUUAUCCCAAUAGGGAAUUAAGUGAAGUCACUUAGUUAACCCACGUAGGAUACAAUUUUGCCCCCUUUAGUGUUGUUUGUUCUUUCUUUUUUGUUCUAACAUGUAUCACACUUAGAUGUAGAAACAUAUAAGUUUUUGUACAUUAAGUGUACUUUAUAAUUAACAUUAGUUUGUUUUU